AUGGGUUUUCAACACCAUUUUCUUCAACAAUACAUAUCAACACUUAAAUUAGUACAAACGAAAUUGGAGUGCAAUUUUCUAUACGAACCUUUUAUCAAAAUUCCGUUAACCAUGAACGCAUUACUGAACUUUUCAGAUCUUAGCCAUUUCCUUUGUAUUGCCUCGGGCGAUUUCGCUUGUUGCAUCUUCAAAAGCACAAAACAAAAAGGAUCUACAAAUCCUUUGAUGAGUAAGGAAACGCAAACCAAUCGGGUGCGUUUGGAACUUUUGUCUGUGAAGGACGCGUUUGCGGCUGAAAACACCACAGGAGAGGCACUUUUGACUGUGACGAUACUGAAAGAGAAGAAAAAGUUGAAAUUGCAACGGAAGCCGCCUUACUUCAUGCCUGCCCCAAACAAUAAAUUUGAAAUUGGGAAAAUCACUAUAGGGGAUAAUGCCCUUUCCUUUCAGUUUACAGACUCUGAGAAAAAGCAAACGGUCAAACACUAUACUGCGACAUUACCCCUCAACGAGUUGUUACCGUAUAGUUCAAACCACGUCAAAGAAAUUGAAUUUGAGAACGAAACGAACAAAGACGACCAGAUCAAACCCAAAUUCACGUUUUCGAUGUUCCUCUUUUUGGAACGAGACACUAAAGCAGAGAAACAAAUCUUGAAACACCAAGACGCACUGUAUAUAGCAACAGACAAAUCCGAUUUAAUGUUAAUUAUGGCGGCCUUGGAAGCGCCUAAAGUCAAUGUUAACUUCCAAGACCCACAGACAAAGAACACCGCAUUACACUUGGCAACUGACAAAUCAGCGAAUGAACACAUCAUUCUGACACUCUUAAAGGACGAACGAGUCAACGUCAAUAUCUUGAAUACCGACGAUAACACACCCCUCCAUUUGUUCUGUAAAAACUUCUCUAACCCUAGUUGCGAAGAGGCUUUCAACCUGUUCAUGAAACGAUCGGCAGAUAUUAACAAACGAAAUAAGAUAGGAGAGACUCCACUCCACAAGGCCGUGUUUAAUACCUGCGUGAGGAUGUUUUUAGUCGAAAUGCUCUUGAAGGAAGGUGCUGACGUCGACGCAAAAACGGAGAAUGGGAACACUGCGAUGCACUACGCGGUGUAUAUGGAACGGACCGAUCUGAUUUCCAUUCUUCUUGAAAACAACGCGUCACUCACCGUGAUGAAUAACAAGAAAGAAACGCCCCUCUCCAUUGUGAUGCACUCGAAAAACACGAACUUCAAAAACUCUGUUCUGUACUUUAAAGACCUCUGCGAGUAUUUGAAGACGAUCAAUGUCGACCAGAAUGAGACCAAAAUAUUCAUUCACAAUCGGCUGUUCAAAUGGAAGUUACGGGAAUUGACUGCAAAGCAAAUGGAAAAGCUUGGGAUCACAGCUAUUGGGCGACAAAGGGAGUUACUUCAGAUCUUCUCGAAAUUGACGGACGUCGAUCCUGUCAAGGCGUUAGACAAGUCGAAUCAGAACGAGUCGGAAGAAGUCGAAAGGAAGAAGUUACUUGAAACGAUCGAACAUAGUCAGAAGUUUGUAUAUAAGGUCGAAUACACUGAGUUGAUAGGGACUGGGACAUCAGGGAAAGUGUUUAAAGGGAUAUUGGGGGAGAAGAUAGUAGUUGCAGUGAAGACUUUGAAAGCGGGGAGUUUGAAGGAAGUUGAGGAGUUUCAGCAUGAGUUUGGUGUGAUCAGUAAAUUGAAGAACGAGAACAUUGUGAACUUCUAUGGAGUCUUUCAGAAUGAAGAACAAAAGAUGAUGAUGGUGAUGGAAUAUUGCGACAAAGGAAGUUUGUAUGAUGUGUUGUCGAAAAGUGAGCAACGCAUUACUUGGAAGACAAUGAUCGACUUCUCGACGCAAAUAACUUUAGGGUUGGAGUAUUUACAUAAGCUCCAUAUUUUACAUAGAGACUUGAAAUCAUUAAAUAUCCUUGUCCAGUCGGGAAAGGACGAGAGAGACAUUUUGAAAAUCUGUGACUUUGGGUUGUCGAGGUUCGACGAUACGGCAAAUUUGAAUACGUUACAAAAACUCCGAGGGACUUACGCGUAUUGUGCACCUGAAAUUUAUUUCAGUCAACCUUUUACUGAGAAGUCAGACGUAUACAGUCUGGGGAUUAUCAUUUGGGAAAUGACGUACAGGACAGUCUAUCAGAAAUAUAUGCGUCCGUAUCAGGAGUUCUCCGAUAUUAAAUUGGACGUCCAAAUCAUAUUGAAGUCGGCGACGAUGGGCGUGCGUCCGACUAUACCCCCAUCAACACCGAUUUUACUUGUGAGUCUUAUUAAACACUGUGUGAUCAAAGAACAAGACGGAAGGCCUUCAGCAAGUGAAGUGUUCAAACGAUUGGAGGAAAUGAAGGCAGAGUAUGAAAGCAACCCAUCCUUGUGGGAUACGUGCGUUGUGUCAAACGAAAAAUAA